AACAUUUUUGUUUGAAAACAUCUGUAUUGUUUUUUUAUUAUUAUCACUGGCAAUUCAUUAAUUAUUAUUAAUCAUUCAUGUGAAUUGUUUAAUUUUUAAAAUUGACUGGGCUUUCAUUUCUUUGACAAUCAAUUGAUUUUGCAUUCCUUACAAUCAUGGACGCUAAUAUGAUCAGUGCCAAGAUGCUCAAAGCGGAAAUGAUGGGAGACAUGAAUAGGGUUGCCGAAUUAAAGCAACAAUUGGAACAACUGAAUAAAACGCAAUCAUUUUCUCAAAAACAAACUAGGAGAGACAACAAUUAUCAUUCGAAUAAUAAUGAAAGUCGGAAUCAACAAAAAUCAAGAAACCCUAAUCGAGGUAAUGCCGAUGAGUUGAAUAAGUUGAACGCAAAAAUCAUUAAAGCUGAAAUGAUGGGAGACUCAGAGCGUGUAAAGGAACUUAAAGCUCAAUUGGAGGGCCUACAAAACCCAAGCAAUCAACGAUCAUCGUCAUCUGAAGAAAGUCAAUCUUUUGUUCGUGUCUCUCAAGAAAGUAAAACGAAUGUUCACUCACAAGAACAAGAUGAACUCCUUGCUAGUCGACUGUCCGGUUGUACAUCAGACCCUCAAAAGAAUGCCAAAUUGAAGCAACUUUCUAAGAAAAUUUCAGAUGAUAGGUUCAGCUUAAAAGAAAUGUUUGUAAGUGCCAAAAGAGGAGAAGUCGAAGAUGAAGCUAAACUGUUCAUAAAAUCAUCUUCCAAGUUAAUCAAUGCGGAUGAUGAAUAUGAAGAAGUUGUUCGGAAAGGAAAUAAAAAGCGACGAGAAGAUAAGGAAGAGCGACCGAAGGUAUUUACAGAGCCAGAUGAUCAAGAAUGUGGCCAUUGUAUUCAAAAAAUCAAGAAACAUUUGGUUGUUUCUAUUGAAUCGACUAUUUACCUAUGUUUACCUCACCACGAGCCUUUUGUUGAUGGUCAUUGUUAUAUAAGAAGUAGGAACCAUAUUCGUUGUACUGUUGAAACAGAAGAAAAUUGUUUAACUGAAAUACUCGGAUUAAGAAAAAAAUUAUGUGAAAUAUUCAAAUCUCAGAAAAAAGGAGUGGUAUUUACCGAAAUGUUUUUCAAAAAAGGAAGGAAUAAACAUUUUCAAAUUGAAUGUUUUCCAAUCAAGCAAAAGUACAUGGCUGAUGUAAAAAUGUAUUUCAAGAAAGCUAUCCUGGAAUGUGAAAAAGAAUGGUCGAUGAAUAAAAAGCUUGUUGAAAUGAAGGAUAAAUGCAUCACGAAAUCACUACCUAAAGGUCUUUCAUAUUUUUGGGUUUCUUUUGGUCCGUCUAAUGAUAGUUAUGGGCAUGUUAUUGAAGAUGAACAAGACUUCUCCAGAAACUUUGCCUAUGAAGUUAUCGCUGGAUUACUGGAUAUUGAUAGAUUUAAAUACACUAAGCCAAGGAACGAAUCAUUCGAUGAACAAUUUCAACGAGUAUCCAAGUUCAAGCAAAUAUGGAAACAGAACGACGAAACUGGUGACACUCCCUUACUUACCGAUGAUUAACUCGAGCCAAUGAACUGGAUUUUGAUGAAAAAGCUUUCAAAUCGUUUCUAACUUGGAUUAAAGAUGAUCAUGUGGUGAUCGAAAUGGAAAAUUUGAUAAACCUGUGCACCAUAAUGGAUUAUUUUGGGAUAAACAAUCAUUGGAUGGAUCAUUUGGUUACUUAUUUCCAUGACAAAUUUUCAAUCUCAGACCUUCCAGUUGUUAUCCCACAAGUGACUCCAAUACUUCAAUGUAUAAACUCUCAACGCUUUCAUCUGUCGUCAUUUCUUGAAGAUAGCAAAAACAACUGUUUUGUUGAAUUAUCCUAUUGAAACCAUUGAAUAUAUUUGCGAAUUAGAUUCAAUGAUUUAUUCAGAAAUGCAAGUUUUCAACGGUUUUUGUUUUAUUAAACGUUCCUAACCAUUGUCUAACAGUUAGUUUUCAUCUCCGAAA